GUCACAGAGGCAUCACCUUCAUCUACAGUGCAUCCACUGACCGAUGGGUCAUCUUAUUACGCUGGCAACAUGGUAAAUCCAUACCUCCACUGCUUUCCACGGGCUCUUGAGCUGCUUAUAGUUCGCUCAAUCAAUGGGCCCUCGAUUUCCAAGGUAAUAUGGAGCGUAUUCUCGAGAGUAUCGCAAUUGCGAAGGGGCGAGGGGCGACACUCCGAGUCGGACCAGAGCUAGAGAUCCCCGGAUACGGCUGCUUGGAUCACUUCCUAGAAGGCGACACGGUCCUGCAUUCAUGGGAAGUGCUUGCCAAAAUUCUGGCUUCUGAAGAAGCCCAAGGUAUCGUAUGUGAUCUAGGGAUGCCGGUGGUGCACAAGAACGUCAUAUACAACUGCCGCAUCAUCAUACACAACCGCCAGAUCCUUCUCAUCCGACCGAAGAUGUGGAUGGCAAACGAUGGAAACUAUCGCGAGCUUCGGUAUUUUACGCCGUGGACCAAGCAUCGUCAAUGGGAGGACCACUAUCUGCCUCGGAUCAUCCAGGUCCUAACGGGACAGACAAAGGUUCCGUUUGGAGACGCCGUGAUCAGCACGCAGGAUACCUGCAUCGGAAUCGAACUGUGCGAGGAGUUGUUUACACCAGCAAGUCCACACAUCCUCAUGGGACUGGACGGCGUUGAGAUCUUCACCAACUCGAGCGGAAGCCACCACGAACUGCGCAAGCUUUACACCCGGGUUGAACUCAUAAAGGAGGCGACACUGAAGCUUGGUGGGGUAUAUCUGUAUGCGAACCAACAAGGAUGCGACGGAGAUCGCCUCUAUUAUGAUGGCUGUGCUAUGAUCGCUGUGAACGGUCGCAUCAUUGCGCAAGGCUCGCAAUUCUCUCUGAACGAUGUCGAAGUCAUCAGCGCGACGAUUGAUAUCGAAGACGUCCGGGCGCACCGUGCAAAAAGUAGCCGCAGCAUGCAAGCAGCAAGCGCUGAACGCUACCAUCGGGUCGAAGUCGACUUUGCGCUGACGUCUGGGAAAUUCGACAUCGUCGCUGAGGAGGAUAUGGCCGGACUUCUCACUUAUUCCCGCCCCUACGAAGUGAAAUACCAUAUCCCUGAGGAGGAAAUCGCGCUUGGUCCAGCGUGUUGGCUAUGGGACUAUCUGCGUCGUUCUCGCACCCAGGGUUACUUUGUUCCCUUGAGUGGAGGGAUCGACAGUUGUGCUACUGCGGUUAUCGUAUACUCCAUGUCUCGACUAGUUGCAGAUGCAGCGCGCAGUGGAAAUCAGCAAGUAAUCUCCGACGCUCGUCGUAUCUCUGGAGAGCUAGAAGACUCCAAAUACCUUCCCACUGAUCCACGCGAAUUCACCAAUCGGGUCUUUCACACAUGCUACAUGGGUACCGAAAACUCGAGUGCUGAAACGCGCCUCCGCGCGAAGCAGCUCGCGGAGGCCAUCGGCAGUUAUCACGUUGACAUGAACAUGGACUCGAUCGUAACCGCUGUGCGGAACUUGUUUGCUCUAGUAACCAAUGCACGACCUCGUUUCCGCGCUCAUGGAGGAACUGCUGCUGAGAAUCUGGCGUUGCAGAACAUCCAGGCUAGACUGCGCAUGGUCAUGGCAUAUAUGUUUGCCCAGCUCUUGCCCUGGGUGCGUGGGAAGGUCGGCGGCCUGCUCGUCCUGGGAAGUGCGAAUGUUGAUGAAAGCCUUCGCGGAUAUCUGACCAAAUACGAUUGCUCCUCGGCCGACAUCAACCCCAUUGGUGGAAUCAGUAAGACGGAUCUCAAGAAAUUCAUCGCCUAUGCCGAAACGAACUUUGAUCUCCCCAUUUUGUCCAACUUCCUCAACGCGACUCCGACCGCAGAACUGGAGCCCAUCACAGAGAACUAUGUCCAAGCUGACGAGGCCGACAUGGGCAUGACUUACGACGAACUUUCGGUCUUCGGACGCCUGCGGAAAGUGGAGAAAUGCGGUCCGUACAGCAUGUUUACGAAGCUGAUCCAUGAAUGGGGAUCGUUCCUGUCACCGCAACAAAUCGCGGACAAAGUCAAGCUGUUCUUUUUUGAGCACGCUAGGAACAGGCACAAGAUGACGACCCUCACUCCGUCCUACCACGCUGAAUCAUACAGCCCGGAUGAUAAUAGAUUCGAUCUGCGGCCUUUCCUCUAUCCUUCGCGCUUCCCCUGGCAGUUCCGCAAGAUCGACGAGAUCACCGCUGUCCUGCCUGACCGCUCUGUUGGCACUGCGGGGCAUGCUAGUUCGAAACCGAAACAGGACUGAUCUGGUCCCAAUAACAAUUAUGUCUCAACAAGUACAAUUGGGUCCUCGACGCGGCACAAUGCGCCUAGCGGGAGAAUGGAAUGCUCUACAAUGGGUCCAGGUCAUGCCUUUUUUAGACUCGGACAAAGCUCCUUGUUACGCAAAGGAUGUGUAAACAAAGAACAAUAGCCUAUUGUUCUUGAAUGGCAGGUCCUCAUGUAUAAGAGCGGCGACUGGAUGGGUGUUCCGGUCAAACAAGCUACCUCCUCGAACAGUUCUCUCACCUCCAUAUCUCAUUGACGACCUUUGACGAGCAACUUACGCCGCCGAGUCUACGCCACAUAGCAUCAUAAAGCUCGAGUCCCGUCCUACAUAAACCGGUCCCCAACCUCUAAACACUCAAGAACUGGUUCUCUCUCCCUCACGACACGACCUCUUUGCUCGCAGCAGCGCCCACUUUUCGACAAAGUCAUAUCUGCACAUCCCUGAUUGUAUCAACCAACAACCCUCGUUAACAUCAUGAAGUUCUGUAUCGCUACUGCCUCCAUCGCUCUGUAUAUCGCUCUCACCACUGCACACGAGCUCCCCUCCCGUUACUCGCUGCAACGCCGCGGCAACCAAUUCGUCACUGGGCCAUGCAACAUUGAUUCAGACUGCCAGCAAGGAUGCUGUGCCUUCAACACGGGCAAGUGCGCUGGCCCCGGCAUCGCACAGACCCGAGACGGAGGAUGCGGCCACGGGAACAAAGUGCCGAACUGCAACGUCGCAGCGGCUUUGAAGCUUGGGGAUUGUGUCGCCGGAGCCGUCAACGACGAUCUCUCUAACCCGGACAUCCAGUCGGCGGCUGCUUUCGUCGCCAAGCUCGACGGCUUCAAGUUCACGCCCAUCACUAAGGGCUCCGGCAAUGCUGCUACCGCGACUGCCACCAAACCUUCCAAGACCUCGACCUCGAAGUCAACCGCGACCGGCGGUGCCAGCGCCGACAAGACGAUAUCUGCUCUUGCAGCUGGCCAGUCAUCCCUUGGUUUCGUCACGGCCACAUGUGCCGCGGACUCAGAUUGCCAGCAGGGCUGCUGCUCGUUCAAGGCCGGGACAUGUGUCGGACCUGCAAUCGCACAAGAGCGAGCGCAGGACGGUGGAUGUGGAUUCGGAGCUCCCAAGCCUAAUUGCGACGUCGCGAAAGCCCUCAAUCUCUCCGAGUGUGUCGCAGGCGCUGUGAACGGAGACCUCACCUCCCAUUCCAUUCAAGCUGCUGCUGCCUUUGUCUCCAUUCUUGACAAAUUGCCCUUCAGUCCGGCGGCAUGAUCUGCUUGUGUGCAUUCGAUUGUAUGUAUGUAUGUAUACGAUAUUUUGCCCACAUAAUUGUAUAAUAGUAGUAGCCUCGCUGUGCGGGCUAAUGCCAUGGUAGUUCCAAGAAUGUAUGUCGUGUGUAGAUUACAAUGCGUAGCAAUACAAGUGUUAAUAAUUACAUCUGUCCAA